CGAAGUUCGAAGAUCUGUACCCACCGACACCGACGAUGAUGGGGCAGCACCCGAUGCAAGUGGCGCAACAGCAGCAGCUUCAUGGCUAUGACUACCAUUAUAGUGACGCUGGGCUCAUGCCUUCAUCCAUUUUCGGUGCAGCAGGCGAAGAAUGGGCUGAAAUCGUGCGUGUGUCGGCGUCCGCGAUGCCAACGAGUGAAACUGUGACUGCCGGCGCAGUCGCGUUUGAUCGAUGCCACGAGAUGCUGUGGGUCGGCUGCUCUGAUGGCCGACUCACGUCGUAUUUGCUCCCGACCCUGGACAAGUACACGAGUGUGACGUCGAACCCCGGGUCCAUCAAACAGCUCGUGCCGACCUACGGUGGCGUCGUGGCGAUAUCUGACCACGCGGCCACGAUUCGAUCGCGGGGAUGUGUGCAAACUCACGCGAUUGUUGUCGACGGGGCACGGCAGAUCACGUGCGGCAGCUUGAACAUCCACGACCCGAUCAAACCAUCUGACGUGUUGCUCGUUGGCACGGACGCAGGGCUGUUGUCGGCGUACGACUUGCACGGAUACCAUCCGCUCCAGCCGAUGUGGUUCUUGGACCUGCAUGUGUCGACGGCGGCGCUCGCGUCCAGCGACGACUCUCCGCUCAUUUGUGCAGGCAGCUCGCAGGGUCGUCUCGACUUCUUCGACGGUGACCAUCGAUCGCAUCGUGUCGCUGCGUCGAUCCCGCUGGCGCACUCGGGCAGCAUCGUCACCAUCGACGUGAUGGACAACUACGUCCUGACCUGCGGCAUCUCGUCUCGCAGCAUCAACCCGUACGACAAGUACGCGCCCGUGAAGAUAUACCCCGACCCGCUCGUCAAGCUGUUUGACGUGCGCACGAUGUCGCUCGUGAGUUCGAUUCCGUUCCCAUCGUCCACCGGCCUCCCGCCUAUCUUUGUCAAGUUCCACAUGUCGGAGAACGCAUUCUACGCAGCCGACGCGGGCGGGGACCUCGUCCUUUUCGAUAUGGUCGAUCCUAUGCAGUACUCGCUCGUUGGCCACCUCCACCCGUCCGUCACAGCAUUCGACGCAUCUUUGUCUGGAGAGCUCAUUGCCACCGGCAGCAGGGACGGCACCGUCGUGAUGUACGAUUCUGGUCUGUCAACGUCGCCACGGGCUCUCUUGGACGAGCCGGAGGACCCGCUGGAAUUCCCGCGACCCGCUUCUCGCCCGCCGUUGACGCUGUCGCCGCUAGAGCCAGCGCCAGCGUCGCGGUAUGUGUUUCGGCCGUCCGUGGACGAAUUUGGCCAAGAGAUCACGCCACUCUCGGCGUGGCUUCCAUCGACAAACGUCGACAACACGUUCAAGCUCAACAUGACGCUGGUCGUGGCGCCGAAACCCACCAAGGUGUUGCAUCCCGAGUUUGAGAAAAAAGUGCAGCAAAAACACACAAUCGGCUUUACGUCGCACCGAGGCUACGAUCGCAACUCGUUUGUGUUUGGCAAAGGCCGCGCGACUGCGCUGGCCACGGUGGACCCACGUAGUGCCGAGACAACUCCUCGGCGUCGAGACUCGGUGUCGCGAUCGAUCGGAUCGGCCAAGUCGUUUGACGAAGCGGAUCCGUUGUGGCAUGUUCCUCCGAGCUACAAGUACACGGAGAUCAACAUGAGCAAGCACAGCAUGGACGGGUUCGUCUUCGACUUUUCCAAGCACAACCAGAGCUCGACGCACGUCGGAUUUGAAAACGCGCUCCCAUACGCCUACAUGAACGCGGCGCUCCAGCUCUUGUACGCCACGCCCGGCGUGCGGACUCUAGUCCUCGCGCAUCUCUGCGACGACGCCAGCUGCGUUCGAUGCGAGCUCGGGUUUCUUUUCCACAUGAUGGCGCAGACGACGUCGCUCGCGUUGCAAAAGAACCGGAGCGUUCAAAUCACAAAUUUCCUCUCGGCGCUGCAUCAAAUUCACGGCGUGGCGGCCGCGGGCCUCUUCGACAAGACGCUCUCGAUCCUCGUUCGUGUCGACAGGUUCUUUGCAUUACUGUGCCGCUACCUUGACCUUGUUUCACCGACGCUGCACCACGUGGUGCUACCGCCGCUGCCAGACGACGAUCUCACGUUCGAGUCGCUCGUGGCCAAACAUGUAUCCCCCGAUCUCCCACUUGGCGGCGAGUUCGUCGCGGUCUCUUGCGACCCCGCGUCGUGGCUUUUAAACGACGACAUCAAAGAACGCUGGGCCACACCGGGAUGGGUCCCCGUGACGCUGACGCUACCUACAGGCGAAACCUACACGCUCAUCGGGGUCAUCUCGGCCGUCGUGCGCAAUGUCGUCAAGUCGCACUUGAUAUCGGGGCCAAAUGCCCAUUUGGUCACGCAUGUUGUGGGGCCGGAUGGUCUGUGGAUGCUGCUAAAUGACUUUACCGUGUCCGAGUCGUCCGUCGACGACGCAAUCAACUUUUCGCCGCCGUGGAAAUAUCCCAGUGUGCUGCUUUACCGUCGCGAGGGCAGUCCGGUCGUUCUCGACACGACCGCACCACCCGCGCCAAUUCCAUCCACGAUAUUCGAUGCCGCUCCGUUGAAUCCGACCGUCGCGCGGCCUCGCAUGUCGACGGUCACCCUCCCGAAGAAGGGUGACCGCGUCGCGAUCGAUACGGAAUUUGUCAUUGUCGAAAUGGAGGAAGCGACGUUGCAAACGGACGGCACACGAGUUGUCAUCAAGGAAAGCCGCCAGUCGCUCGCCCGCGUGUCUGUCAUCCACGGGGAAACCGAUGCCGUCCUUGUCGACGAUUACAUUCUCCCGAACGAACCCGUUCGCGAAGACGAACCCACGAGCGAGCUUCUCACAAUGGAUCGUUUGCUAGGUUGUCGACUACUUGACGCGAUUCAGCGGGCUCACCGGCGAAGAUUUGGACCCGGCGCGAAGCCGCCAUCCCGUCGUGUCGCUCAAGACGGCGUACAUGAAGCUGCGAUACCUCGUCGACGCGGGGUGUUUGUUUGUUGGGCAUGGUCUGCAUAAAGACUUUCGCAUCGUCAACAUCUUUGUGCCGCCCAACCAGAUCAUCGACACGGUCGAGCUGUACCAGCAGCCCAACAUGCGCAAGAUUGCGCUCCGAUUCCUCUGCGCGUACCUCUUGAAGGCCGAGAUUCAGCUGGACACACACGACUCGAUCGAAGAUGCCCGCGCCGCCCUCCGCUUGCACAACAAAUACUUGGAGCUCGUCGCGACCAACGAGUUUGACAAAACCCUCGUCGAGAUCUACUCGGCCGGCCGCCAUUGCCGAUGGAAAAUCGCCGACUUGGAAUAAAGCAAACCGUACAAUCGAACGCAUCUCGUGUCGACUGUCUUUUCUUGAUGAG